GAGAGUAAAUGAAGAGGAAGAGUCAUCGCUGUCAUGGUCGCAGUUAAAGAGGUGGUCAGAGUCAGAACUCUCUCUCAAGCAACCUUCCAAAUUUAUUGACAUUUCUGUUUCCCAAGAUCCACCCACCACUCUCUUCUCUCUCUCUCUUCUUCUUCUUCUUCCGCGCAAGAAUCUAAGCCAAAUCUCAUCCUCUAAUAAUGUCCCGAAACAGGAGCAUGAGACUACUACAAAUGUGUUGACUCUGUGAGAAUCUUUUUAGAAGAUCCGACCAAAUAAAUCUCCAAUGGGUAAGAAGAGUGGCUCUUCUUCUUCCUCCUGGCUCACCGCCGUUAAACGAGCUUUCCGAUCUCCGACCAAGAAAGAACAUAACAACAAUAAUGCUCACGUUAAUGAAGCUGAGGAAGAUGAAGAUAAGAAGAAGGAGAAGAGACGGUGGUUAUUUAGAAAACCGACGAACCACGACUCUCCGACGAAGACCUCCGGCGUCGGAAAAGACGUCCCGGCUCAGAAAUCCACAGAAACGGCGACGGUCAAAACAACCGCUUUAUCUCCUGUUACAGAACAGAGUCACGGCGUCUUAGCUACACCGCCCGCCACUGUCUCCUCCGCCGUAUCGGAAGCUCAUCCUCCGACGAAGACGAAUGAGUUACCAAAUCUUAUAAGACGCACUUAUACUGCAAGAGAAGAUUACGCAGCUGUCGUGAUCCAAACUGGUUUCAGAGGUUAUCUGGCAAGAAGAGCAUUAAGAGCGUUGAAAGGGCUUGUGAAGUUACAAGCACUAGUGAGAGGACACAAUGUGAGGAAGCAAGCAAAGAUGACUUUAAGGUGUAUGCAAGCUCUGGUUCGAGUUCAGUCUCGCGUGCUUGACCAACGUAAACGCUUGUCUCACGACGGUAGUCGCAAAUCUGCCUUCAGCGACACGCACAGUGUCCUCGAAUCUCGUUAUCUUCAGGACAUUUCAGACAGAAGAUCCAUGUCAAGAGAAGGAAGUAGCAUUGCUGAAGAUUGGGAUGAUCGACCACACACGAUUGAGGAAGUGAAAGCAAUGCUGCAACAAAGACGAGACACUGCGCUGAGACGAGAGAGUAACAAUAGCUUAUCACAAGCUUUCUCUCACCAGGUUCGGAGGACGAGAGGUAGUUACUCUACGGGAGACGAGGAAGAAGAAGAGAGACCGAAAUGGUUAGACCGAUGGAUGGCAUCGAAACCAUGGGAUAAACGAGCUUCAACGGACCAAAGAGCACCAGUUUACAAGACCGUGGAAAUCGAUACUUCUCAACCGUAUUUAACACGCGGUAACUCAAGAACGGGUGCAAGUCCAAGCCGUAACCAAAGGCCUAGUUCACCAUCAAGAACAAGCCAUCAUUACCAACAACACAACUUCUCAUCAGCUACACCAUCUCCCGCUAAAUCAAGACCGAUACAAAUCAGAUCCGCUAGUCCGCGGAUCCAACGAGAUUACAACUACACAUCAAACACACCUAGUUUGAGAUCAAACUAUAGUUUCACCGCAAGAAGUGGUUAUAGCGUUUGUACCACUACAACCACCGCUACUACUACUACGAAUGCUGCAUUGCCGAAUUACAUGGCGAUUACGGAAUCAGCAAAGGCUAGAAUCCGGUCUCAGAGUGCACCGAGACAACGCCCUUCGACACCUGAGAAAGAACGUGUCGGGUCAGCUAGAAAAAGGCUUUCGUUUCCAGUUCCACCGCUGCCGCAUCAAAUAGACGGUCAGAGUUUAAGGAGUCCAAGUUUCAAGAGUAUAGGAGGUUCACAAUUAGGAGCAUUGGAGCAACAAUCAAAUUACUCUUCUUGUUGUACCGAGUCUCUUGGUGGUGGUGGAGAGAUCUCACCUGCUUCUACUAGCGACUAUAGGCGCUGGUUAAGAUGAUGAUUCCCAAUAUCCAAAAUUAACCGGUGUGAUGAUUUUUUUUUUUUUUUUUUCAUAGAUAUAAAUAAAUAUUUUGACAAAAAGAACUAUAACUUUUUCUAGUUUUAAUUGAUGAUCUUUUUGAGAUUGGUGUGUAAUAAUUUUUGUGUGUGUUUGUGUGUGUGUGAAAAGGAAAUUGGAAUGUAGUCUGUACUAAUUGAUUUCUAUAUAAAUAUGUCCAUUUAUUUUA